GGGGGGAACCACAAUGAUUUUUCUGGCCAUGUUUCUGCAACAAGCCCAACUGGUGUAAAUCUCCAUAGACUGCCUUUCGUCAUCCCUCCUCCCCACCCACUCGCUUCCAAGAUGCAAAGAGCAAAUAAAAAGAGCAAUAAUCGCUAUGCCUUAGGUCGACCCUGGAGGUGGAGUUUCCUCCUGGCGGGUGUGUAUGUGUGUGGGGGGUGGGGUUGUAGCUGAACGCUAACCUGCCUCAGAACUCCAAACACACCACCAACAAGCAUACAUUUCCAAACCGACCUGCCAGAAAUGAGCAGUUAAGUCACCCCUUCCUGCUCCCAAACCAUUUCACCUCCUUAACCCUGGAAGAAGGUAGCUAUGCAUCCCCCCUACUCCCAUCUCUCUUCCUCCAGCCAGAUGAGCUAUCCUCAAAUUAUAGACCUGAGCCUCCUACUUUACUGCCGGGAUCUCAGGUUCAGACUGUGUACCCUGGGAACUCUUCAGUCCAUCUCACGUCUCAGCUUUGCACAAUUCUCUCUCACACAAGAUUCUCUCUCCUAAAGAGAAACUAGGGCCAAGGAUUUGGGAAAAGAUGCUGGCACCUUGCAGGGAGCUGAGGGAAACUAAGAAGACCUGCCUGGGUGAACCAGAUGUAAAGGGAACUUGGCACACUGAAUCCAAUGAGCACCUGCUGGCUUCCUCCCACAAUAUAAUCACUACAGUGAGCCUUGGAGGGGGAGACUCUAGAGAGUUCUUUCUCCCUCCUUCCUUCCCUAAGUCCCACCCUCCUUGCCUGGUCUUGCCUCCUGUUUCCAUGACAACUCCAAGGGAGCCUAAAUUGGGGGCUUGAAUGCCAGGGUGAGAGGAGGAGAGAGGUGGUCCAAGAACAGAGACGAGUUGGGGGACGUCUGAGGCUCUUCCCCCUCCCUUGCCUCGGUCCCUUUAAGCUCCCCCCCCCUCCGAGUUCCCUCCGCCCCACGCCACAGUCUUCAUCUCUCCAUCUCUGUGCUGCUGCCGCUGGCUGCGCCAUCCCGGACCCAGACUCCGGCGCCAGCCAGGGGCCACUGACUCCAGGGCAGGGACGCUGUCCCAGCCACACUGCAAUCAUGACAUCGGAAAAGUCAGGCCUCCCGGACUCAGUUCCACACACUUCUCCACCUCCAUACAAUGCUCCCCAGCCCCCUGCAGAACCUCCCGCCCCGCCCCCACAGGCAGCCCCCUCGUCGCACCAUCACCAUCACCACCACUACCACCAGUCUGGCACCGCCACCCUCCCGCGCUUAGGCGCAGGCGGCCUGGCCUCUUCCUCGGCCACAGCUCAACGCGGUCCCUCGUCCUCAGCCACAUUACCCCGGCCCCCCCAUCACGCCCCGCCUGGUCCGGCCGCCGGGGCUCCCCCACCCGGCUGCGCUACCUUGCCCCGCAUGCCACCCGACCCUUACCUGCAGGAGACUCGCUUCGAGGGCCCACUUCCCCCGCCGCCGCCCGCCGCCGCUGCCCCACCCCCGCCGGCGCCUGCACCGACUGCUCAGGCUCCUGGCUUCGUGGUGCCCACGCACGCGGGGGCGGUGGGCACUUUGCCGCUGGGGGGCUACGUAGCGCCCGGCUACCCGCUGCAGCUGCAGCCCUGUACUGCUUACGUGCCGGUCUAUCCGGUGGGCACGCCUUAUGCAGGCGGGACCCCAGGGGGAACUGGAGUGACCUCCACUCUCCCCCCGCCGCCCCAAGGCCCAGGGCUGGCCCUGCUGGAGCCGAGGCGCCCUCCACACGACUAUAUGCCCAUUGCAGUGCUGACCACCAUCUGCUGCUUCUGGCCUACGGGCAUUAUCGCCAUCUUCAAGGCAGUGCAGGUGCGCACGGCCUUGGCCCGCGGAGACAUGGUGUCUGCGGAGAUCGCUUCACGCGAGGCUCGGAACUUCUCCUUCAUCUCCCUGGCGGUGGGCAUCGCAGCCAUGGUGCUCUGUACUAUCCUCACCGUAGUCAUCAUCAUUGCCGCACAGCACCACGAAAACUACUGGGAUCCCUAAAAACUCCCUCUGCCCAGCCCCACUCUGCGCCCCUCAACCUCCCAGACUCGUUCUGCAGUCAAGCUGCGGACCCAAUAGGCGUCCCGCACACCCGCCUCUGGGGCAGCCGGACUUCCAAACAUCCUAAACUCCACCUCCACGGAAUCUCUGGCCUUGCGAGCACGCUCCUAAUCCAGUUCCUCAGGAACCCCUACAAAACCCACAACCCCAGGGACGCUGCUUCCCGGGAUCCCUGCUACAAGUCGGGCUCCAAUACCCCAUCCCAUCAAAGUGCAGCGCCCCCAGCCGUGCUCCCUGUGCUCCCCAGCCUGGAAUCUUGUCUCCAAAGUCCCACCUCCUUUAUAGGCUCCACCCCAGCUCUGACAAAACCCCGCCUUCAGGUCGGCAGGCUCCGCCUUCUUUUCCGUCUCUACGGGGCGAUUCAGUCAGGUGAUUGGGUUUGUGGCUUUAGGCCUAGCCCACUGACAAACAGACUCUUCCCCUUUUUCUGGCCAGAGGGCUGCGACC